UCCCUGUUUCUGACGUAGUCACUUACGUUAAUCCUCCUACAGUAUGGUCUAAAAGAAAGAAAAAGUAAGAAAAUGAAAUGAGAGUCAGUUGCCAUGGAUCAGCGGCCAUCCCUUGCAGUUUUCUUUAUAAAUCAAGAGGAAUACCUAUCUUUUACCUGGAAUUUCAUUUCUUCCUCUACCUGAAAAUACCCUUCAGAUUCCAAUAUAAUGGCAGCAGAACGCAGUGUAAAAGUGCCAAGAAUCAAGCUUGGUUCACAGGGAUUGGAGGUGUCUGCGCAAGGACUCGGGUGCAUGGGCAUGUCCGCAUUCUACGGCCUGCCCAAGCCGGAACCCGACAUGAUCAAGCUCAUUCACCAUGCCAUUAACUCCGGCAUCACCUUCCUUGACACAUCCGACGUCUAUGGACCGCACACCAAUGAAAUCCUCCUCGGGAAGGCUUUGAAGGAUGGGAUGAGGGAGAAAGUGGAGUUGGCUACAAAAUUUGGGAUUACAUUUCAGGAUAACCAGUUUUCUGUACAAGGAGACCCUGCCUAUGUACGAGCUGCUUGUGAGGCCAGCUUGAAGCGGCUUGAUAUUGAUUCCAUUGAUCUUUAUUACCAACAUCGCAUUGACACCCGUGUACCUAUCGAAGUCACGAUUGGAGAACUAAAGAAACUAGUGGAAGAAGGUAAGAUAAAAUAUAUAGGCCUAUCAGAGGCCUCGGCUUCAACAAUCAGAAGAGCACAUGCUGUUCAUCCAAUAACAGCAGUGCAGUUGGAGUGGUCUUUAUGGUCAAGAGAUGUGGAGAAAGAAAUAAUUCCUACUUGCAGAGAACUUGGCAUUGGAAUAGUAGCAUAUAGUCCUCUUGGACGGGGAUUCUUGUCCUCCGGUCCAAAACUAGUUGAAACUUUAUCUGAAGGGGACUCUCGAAAGGAGUAUUUUCCAAGAUUCCAAUCCCAGAAUCUGGAGCAUAAUAAGAGUUUGUUCGAGAGAGUCAAUGAUAUGGCAAAUAGAAAGGGGUGCACCCCUUCACAGCUAGCUUUAGCAUGGAUCCGUCAUCAAGGAAUCGAUGUGUGUCCCAUACCUGGUACCACGAAAAUCGAGAAUCUCAAUAAAAACAUCGAAGCGUUGUCUGUGAAACUGACGAAAGAAGACAUGGCUGAACUCGAAUCUAUUGCUUCAACUGAUGCGGUCAAGGGCGAUAGAUAUGGACCUGGUUUGGGUACAUGGGAGCAUUCUGACACUCCUCUUUUGUCAACUUGGAAAGUUGCAUGAAGACAUUAUUUCUGUGUGCUAAUAUUACCUUAUUGAGAUGGAGAAAUAAAAUUGGUACUGCGACAUGUAGUGAGUGAGCAGUUUCCAUUACUGGAAAUUGUUUGCCUCUACAACAUAUGUGUGUCUAAUGCUCUUAUGUUGUUUGUUAUCAAAUGUGGGCUUGUUAGAGCUUUCAAGGAAUAGUUUUAACCUUGUAAAUCGAACAUGCACUAGAAGAAAGAAUGUCUCCAAUUUCCACUA